AUGAGGAGCCUGGAACGCAGGAGUCUCAGAGCUGAAAAGGAGGAGUCCCACUUGCUCAAGGACCUCGAGUGCCGCUCCCCGCUCUUCCCCAGGCCCUGGGACCUGCGGCAGCUGCAGGUGUGGGAGCGCCCUGUGGCCUUGCAGGCAGAGCUGGCCCUGACGCUGCGGGUCCUGGGGACCAUGGCCAACUCGACCCUGGGGGACGUCCUGGACCAGCCCCUUCACACGCUGGGCCACAUCCAGUCCCAGCUGCAGGCCUGUGCCCUGGCUCAGCCCACAGCAGGCCCCAGGCCCCAGGGUCGCCACCGCCACCGCCUGUCCCACUGGCUGCAGAGGCUGCAGCAGGCCCCCGAGAAGGAGUCCCCCGCCUGCCUCGAGGCCUCUGUCACCUUCAACCUCCUCCGCCUGCUGAUGCGCGACCUAAAGUGUGUGGCCAGUGGACACCUGUGCGUCUGA